AUGAAAUUGAUCAAAUUUUGUAUAUGGAUAUCUGCUUACCUAGCAGUUGGUUCAAGUACAAUUUUAAAUCGGUUGCGAAAUAAGAGUCCACCACAAUAUAAAAAUGAAGAUAUAGUUAUGACAAAUACCUUACCAUUCCCACAAUGGUUAACAGAUUUCACAGGACUUAAAGAAUGGCCUGGAUUGGACCCACCAUAUAUCCCAUUAGAAUUCAUUAAAUUUGAUCCUACUCAAACCUCUCCUUUACAUACUCAAGGUCUGUGUGCACAGGUUAAACCAGAACAUUGUUCAUUUGAUUGUAUUAAUUGUAUUUCCUUUGAUGAUAUAUUUACUUGUCCAAGGUUAUCUCAAACAUUUGACGAUGGACCUACUGAACAUACAAUGAAAUUAAUUAACUCAUUGAAAAGUAAAAGUACAUUUUUCGCUCUUGGAGUACAAAUUAUAAAGUAUCCACAAAUUUAUCGAGAAACUAUGGCUCGUGGUCAUAUUAUGGGAUCACAUACCUGGUCUCAUAAAUUCUUACCAUCACUAACAAAUGAACAAAUUGUUGCCCAAAUUGAAUGGUCAAUCUGGGCCAUGAAUGCUACCGGGAACCAUUUACCUAAAUGGUUCCGCCCACCAUAUGGUGGAGUUGAUAAUCGAGUGAGAUCAAUUGUACGUCAAUUUGGAAUGCAAAGUGUUUUAUGGGAUAUGGAUACAUUUGAUUGGAAAUUAUCAGGUGGAACUAGAACUGAAGCUGAUAUUGUAAAAGAAGUAAAGAAUUUCCAAAGAACAAGGAAUGGUGCAGGUAUGAUACUUCAACAUGAUGCAACCAUUCAAUCAGUCGAUGCAGGUAUCAAAGUUCAAGAAAUAGUUGGUCCUAAUCAAUUAACUGUACCACAAUGUGCAAAUGGAAUAAAUUAUAUUAAAGUUUUUCAAUAG